UUUCACAUUCUUUCUCGCUGUCUCCCUUUUUAAUCCUUUUUUUUUUCUUCCCCUAUCCUACCUUACGCCUCGUAAUAGUUGAUACCCCAUUGUAUGGUUUCCUUCUCACCACGCUCCCUUACUUGACGUUCUACAAUCUCUCCCCAGGGGGAGCAUAUUCAUAGCCAAACAUGGCAACAGUAUCCUCCAUCUUAUUCUUGACUACCGUGCUCGCCGCAUCUGCUUCAGCCCUCCAGGUCACGCCUAAUUCACCCUGUGCUUCGGUGUGCUUGGACUCCAAAGACCUGGACUCGUCCGACCCCGAUUCAUCCAACACGUUCAGCAGCGACAUUGCAUGCGAUGACGCCGAGAUCCGAUCAACCGCCAGAGGCCGGAAAUUUCAAAAAUGUAUGACAUGUCUUGAAAGAAGCGAUUUCGGAGAUGACCAGGAGAAUGAUCAGACGUGGUUCCUCUACAACAUGAGGUUUUCCUUCAACUAUUGUGUCUUUGGUUUCCCAGACGGCACCGGAAUGGAGUCCAACCCUUGUUUGACCAGCACAGCUUGCGGCGGUCUACAAAACGCCCUAACCGAAGACGAGCUGGAUCCUCUCAAGUCUUCGCCGUCAAAGCACUCGUAUUGCGACGCCGAUGACGGUGCCAUGCUUUCGGAAACCUACGGUCGCUGUCUGGAUUGCUUCAGGAUUGGGAACGACCGUCGCUACCUAACAAACUUCCUGAUAGCGCUAGAGACCGGUUGCCAGCAGCGUCCUGGACCAGGUCAACUCGUCAGCCUCAACGAUACCGUCUUCAGCACGACUCACGUUCAGGCGGUUGAUCCUUUUGGCAGCGAUUCAGACUCUGACGACAAUGCGCCGCUCGCCGUCCCCGCCAUCGUGGGGAUUGUGGCCGGAGCCGUUGUCGUGGUCCUCCUCGCCGUCAUCGGAGGCUACAUUCGAUACCGCAAACGCAAGAGCUGGCUCAAAGAGGGCCCAAUCGAGCGCCGCCUGCGCCGCCACUCUUCCCUCUCGUUCCGUUGCCAGACCCAUCUUACACCGAAAACCCCAAACUUCCCCAUCGACCAAGAAGAAGUCGCGAAGGCUUUAGAAAACGAGAAGCCGUGGGCUCAUCCCGCCGAGCCCCCGAACUCCCACCCCCCGGCCUCCCCCGAGAUGGGAUCAUGGCACCCAGCCUCGUCGCCGAUGAUUCCCAGCGCCUCUCAAAUCCCUUACCAGGAGCAGCAAUACCACCCAUCCCUUUCCGUCGCGACAUCACACCUCCCCGGCAGCCCGCCUAAAGUCCACUCGCCUCGCCAGAAACACUCCCCCGCGGACGACUACCACAAAACCCCAACAUCCACCACCUCCGCCUUCUCCACAACCCCGCUGCUCCUGCCGCCCCUCCAACCCUACGUGCCGGCCGACUACGCCGCCCCGAACAGCGCCGUCACCCCCUCACCGCGGACCAACCCCGCCAUCCCCUCUCAACCGCUACCUACCUUCAGCCCUUGUUCCACGAGCCCGGUUCCCAGCCAGGGCGGCAACUGGCCGCUCCCCGACGACGUGCAGGACUACUCGCCCGUCGUCGUCGUCGUGGAGCAGCAGCAGCAGCAGCAGCGCCAGCAGGGACGCGUCAUCGACGUGCUGCUGGGGGUGGAAGCGGCGCCUGUUCCGGUCGCUGCGCCGUCGCAGCAGAGGAGGGGGCUGGGGCUGGGGCUGGCGGUGGCGGUGUCGUCUUCUUCGUCGUCGUCUCUGCGAGGGGGGAGCCCGAUUGAGAGCCGGACGUUGCAGACUUCGUUUCCUCCGCCGCCGCGGGCCGGCUGGAGGAGGUAG